AUGGCAGCACCCAGGCCCAACAGCAACGCCCCAGAUCACGCAACAGCUGUCCGCCACAAAGGAAUCACUCUGGCAGCCUGCUUCGCCAUCAAUUUCCUCAGCAGCGCUUUCUAUCGGAACGCAGCAUUCUUCUACCCUUCGAUCAUGGAGACGUUCUUGGUCACCAGGGAACAGGCCUCUCUGCCGCUAUUUGUUUACGGAGGCUUCUAUCAUCUUGGAGUACUUCUCGGGGGAACUGUCAUACAGCUGCUCACAGUCUGGGUAGCAGCAGUGGCCGGCGGCUUCCUGCUCAGCCUCACUCUCCUAUCCUGUUUCUUUGCAAGUGGAAUAUUGUUCCUCACACUUGUACUGGGUGUCCUUGGUGGCAUCGGACAAGGCAUCAUGUUCAACUGCAGCAUUGUUGGUCUCGGCGACAACUUUCCAUCAUGGCGAGGCCUUGCAAUUGGGGUCGUGAUGUCCGGAGCACCCGCAUCGUCUGUUAUUUUUCCCUCACUCUUCAAGUACGUCCUGGAAGUUCACGGGCUACGUGGAACUCUGCUCCUUACCGGAGCGUGUUUGUUGAAUGUUCCGGCCAUUGCACUGCUGCUUCGAAAUCCGCAGCCUAAUCCAGCGGCAGAAACGUCUCAACAGCGGGUCUCGGUGAAGUCCGACCUGCUUACAGGAGCAAAAGCACAUCACGCACACAAAUGUCCCUCUCUUCCCACUAUUUACGAAGUUAACGUCGACUAUGCUGUGGACAUCGGAAUUUCCGAAGGAGAUGCUGUGCACGUGAUUGUGCUCUUCUCAGUGACAGACACCCUGUGCCGGUUCCUGAUGCCCUGCCUCACAGACCGCAAGCUGCUCUCAACUGCUGCCCUCUUAGCAUCAUCUAGUCUUGUCGCUUCACUUCUCGCAUGCAGUUUUACCUUUGUCAGGGGAAAAGUAGGGUUCUGGGUUGUGGCGCUCGCACUGGGGCUACCAAUGGGCUACAUCAACGUCGGAAUCUCGGAAAGCGCGUCAACAGUUGCCGGAGAAGAUAACCAGCCCAUGGCUCUUGGUUUCAUGUCUACGGCGGCGGCUGUCGGCUCCUUCACGACACCUUCGUUAAUAGGUGAUCAGCUCAUCGCAAUAUUUCGCUGA